AUGGUGAUCUUUGCAGCUUUAUUCAUAGUACUCUUCAUCACCGUUCUCUUUGGUCAUGUCUUCCUUCAGCGAAUCAAGGAUUUCUUGCAAUUUUCAGCCAACCAAAAUGGUAGUGGAGGAAUUAGAGGAAGAAACAUGGAGGCAGGGGAAGAGGAGCGCGGUAUUACCACCUUCAUAGACUGCGAGAAGUUGGAAAAGGGGGAGGAGAUCAACAAGCUGUUGGAAUACAUAGACAGGUCCAAGAUCGUUGUUCCCAUCUUCUCCAAACGCUUUGCAGAAUCAAAAUGGUGCUUGAAAGAGGUGACCAAAAGUGUGGAGUGUGGAAAGGAGAUAAUUCCGGUGUUUUUUGGCGUGGAACCUUCUGACGUCUGCAACCAGGGUGGCCCUUUCAAAUCUGCGUUUAAGGAUCAUCAAUCGAACAAGGAACAGGACCAAGAGGAGGUGAUGGAAUGGAGGGAAGCAUUGAAGAAAGUCGAAAUAUCUCUGGCUUCACUCUCAAGGACAUGA